CUCCAUUCCACCUGAGUUGGUUGCAGUAACUGUGUAGUCUGUGAUCUCUCCAUUUCUCUGGGGACAAAUCACCUCUCCCCACUGGACAAUGGCACUGUUUGGUGUGACUGUAACUAGAGUGAUUGGGCCAGGAGCACCACUGGGAGCUGUGGAGAGUAACACCAACCAUAUUUCAUUGCAGUAACAGCAUUACUGACAGGACCACUACCAGCUCCAUUAGAGACUGUC